UCGUUCCAAAUUUGGACAUAAAAAUGGCUCUAUAGUUUGCGCGCAAGCAAAACAACAAGCACUUACAGUGCCCUAACACACAAAAGUUAUGAAAAUGUUUAAAACAAAAUUUGCCACCAUGGCGUCCUCACAACAACAUACACAGCAAGAACAACCAGCGUUCAUCACAUAUUUCGCACCGGAUUCAAUAUAUUGCACAUCAAGUUUAGAUUCCGAUUUUGAACAAUACAACAACAAGAACAUUGACAAUGGAAAGUUUAGAUUUACCCAAGGAAUUGUAUUGGGAUCUCAAGCUGGAGCCGGCUUCGCCACCAACAACUGUGGCCAGCGAGCUCUUCUCGCUUGAUGAGCCAACAGUCGCCACUUUUCUGUAUGACGAUAACUUUGCACAUGGCAUUUCUAUAAUGAGCGACGAUGAGGCGGAGAGCUUGCAAGAAGCUGUCUCCAUGGAGUUGCUUAGUGGCGAGGAUUUGGUUGUGGAGUUUCUUGACCUGAAGGAUGAAGAGUGCCUACUAGACCAAAAGGCGCCGCACUACAUCGAGUAUGAGACAGCAAGCUUCCCACAGCACCUUGAUGUGGUGUCGCAGGCUCUACUUCCCAUAACCAAAGGACAGGUCGCGGAAUUCCAACACUGCGAUGCUUCGUUCACUUUGCAGCAGCUGACCCCGCCUCAGUCGCCGCCUCAAUUUCAUGCGUACCAACAACAACAACAGCAACAGCAGGAACUCGUCAAAGAGGAGCAGAAGGUGCAGCCCUAUGUCGCGGAUGUCGCUGCAGCCCCAACGGCAGCGGUCACUCCGGCCUAUAGUUUCACCAACAACUGGACGCCAGUGAACGACAACGUUCGCGAAGCUCAGCUUGUCGAUGACAUUGUCAACAUGCGGGCCAAGGAGCUGGAGCUGCCCACCAACUGGCAGCUGUACAACGAUGACUGCGAAUCACAAGCGUCGUCAUCGAUGGGCAGCAGCAGCAGCAGCCACAGUGACACCAGCGUCACAGGCAGCAGCGUUGCGGAUGCGGAUGAGGAGUGGCUGCCAGAGACGAGCAGCAACUCGCCAGCGCAUACCAUCGAGGAGGAGCAAUCACCAUCAGCCUCACCCAGCAGCAGCUCGGGCAGUGCCAAGAAACGCACUCGCACCUACGGACGCGGAGUGGAGGAUCGUAAGAUUAGAAAAAAGGAGCAGAACAAGAACGCCGCUACGCGUUAUCGCCAGAAGAAGAAGAUCGAAAUGGAGCACGUGCUGGGCGAAGAGCAGGAACUGGUGCAGGCCAAUGAGGAGUUGCGUCGCACACUCUCCGAGCGUCGCAAUGAAUCGCGAUAUUUGCGUCAGUUGAUUCGCGAGUUCUACGAGGGCCGCAAGAAAUAGAAAUAGACAAAAGCUGCUGCCGUCUGCUUUAAACCUUUAAGUUCAAAAUUUCACCUUAGUUUAAUGCCUUUUGCAAAGUUAUCGUUAUCGUUAUUGUCACGUUGUAAAUCCUAUCAUACUCUUAUUUUUUGCCCAACAAUCUGCACAAAUGCAAAACCAAACAACAUCCAGCCAACAGCAGUCUGUCCUGGCCAGCAUUUUGGCACUUAUGACAAGUUGCCCCACAAGCAACUUCGACUCCUUUUUUGCCAGUGCUGGCCGAGGACAACCCAACAUCAUUCCAUGCCGCACAGGCCAAUGGUCACCCAUUGUGGGUGCCAGAUUUUAUCAAUAAAAAAAAUAUAUACGAAAACCUUUUUAAAUCAUAUCAUCAGCAUAAAACAAAACCCUGUGCGGUGACUGCUGUUUUUAAGAAUUUUUAUUAGCAUUUGCUGCAGAUCUUUUGACAAUUGUAAAUUAAUGAAUUUUAUAUUAACAAUAAACGUUAUACAGCAUACUUAUUAUCAAUGUAUCAGUAAUAAACUUAAAGGGUUUUCAAAAAUGCAA